AUGGUUUUCAGCCAGAACGCCUCGGCAAUCAGACUUCUGAAUUUGUAUCCGUGGGAUUUUUCAAAUGAACCUUGUAUUUUAAAGAUGACUCUACGAAAUUUCCACUUAUUUUUAUCAUGGAAAUUAAAAAACCAUUCCAUCGUACCAACUCACUAUACAUUAGAGUACACCAUCAUGAGCAAAGAAGAUGACAUGCAGACUGUCAAGAACUGUGUAAAUAUCACGAGACUAUUUUGUAACCUAACAGAUGUGUGGGACAACAUGGAAGAGUCCUACCUCACAAGAGUCAUGGGAUUUAGAGGAAACACAGAACUGAUCCAUUGUAAGAUGGGUUUCUUCCCACUCAUGAACACACUGUCUUUUGAACCACCAGACUUUGAGAUUUUUGGCUUUAUGGACCACAUUAAUGUGAUAGUGAAAUUUCCAUCCUACACUCCCAAGAUAAUAAAUGUGCAUUAUUUUUCUCUCAUCAUUGAACAGCAGUCAGGGAAGAUUGUGAAGAAGCACAUCCCCCAAAUAAAUGGAAACCUUACUGGAAAUUUCAGCUAUGUCAUUGACAAAUUAAUUCCAAACAUAAACCAUUGUGUAUCUGUUUAUUUUGAGCUGAAAGCUUCUGAAGAAAUAAUAAAAUCCCCCUUAAAAUGUAUCCGUCUUCCCACCCAGGUAUCAGAAUCAUCAGAACCUGCCAAAAUAGGAGGAGUAACCGCUGUGUUUUUAAUAGCAGCUGUAUUCAUAAGCAGUUUAGUACUAAUGAAACGGAUUGGUUGUAUAUGCUCAAGAAAUCAUUUCCCCAAAGCUUUGAAUUUUCAUAACUGGCCAGCCUGGAUAUUUCCUGAGCCGCCACCAUUGGAAGCAGUGGAUGCUGUGGAGGUCAUUUAUAUCAAACGAAAGAAGAAAGAGUGGAACUACAGUUACGAGGAGAGUGACAGCGAAGAGGAAACAGCCACUAGAACAAGCGCUGGUGGCUACACCAGGCGUGGACUAAUCGGCAAAGCCCUGACUCAGAUCUCUACCUCCUCCACCUCUGAGGUGCUGCAGCUCACAGAGCCAGAUGCAGACGAACUUGACCUGCCAGAGGCAGAGGCUGAGCCCCUGCUGGUGCCAGGCCCCUGCCCCCAACAGUCAGAAUAUUCAAGUAGACCCUAUGAAAGGAAAGAGAGUCUGCUCCAGGACCCCUUUUCUGAAGAGAACAACAGCUCCCCAGAAAGGUCGAAAGGGAGAGGAAUCUUUAAUGUGAAUUUAAACACUGUGUUUGUGAGGGUCCUGGACAAUGUCACAGACAUCCCUCCAAUGCUACCAUCUCCUCCGGAAGAGACAGUCGAUCUAGUGGACCCUAGUGAGAUGGAACCAAGCUUUCCAGUCCCCAGGGAGGAGGGGACACUGCCAGCCUCCACAGAGGACAUGUGGUCCGAAGAUACUGUUUCAGAGGAAAGUGAUGCUUCUGAGUCAGAUGCUGAUGUCGGGGAUGGUUAUAUAGUGAGAUGA